ACUUUGAAGAAGGGUGCAACAGACUACGAGAAGAGUGAAUUCUUGAAGGAGGCGCACUUAAUGAGUAAAUUUGAUCACCCCCACAUUCUGAAGUUACUUGGUGUGUGCCUGUUAAAUGAACCUCAGUACCUUAUACUGGAACUGAUGGAAGGAGGGGAUCUACUUAGCUAUUUACGAGGAGCCAGAAAGCAAAAGCUCCAGAGUCCCUUACUGACAGUGACUGACCUCUUGGAUAUAUGUUUGGAUAUUUGCAAAGGCUGUGCCUAUUUAGAGAAAAUGCAUUUUAUACACAGGGACCUGGCUGCUCGCAACUGCCUUGUGUCCGUGAAGGAAUAUGACAGCUCUUCCCGAGUAGUAAAGAUUGGUGACUUUGGACUUGCCAGAGAUAUCUAUAAAAAUGAUUAUUACAGGAAAAGAGGAGAAGGCUUACUCCCUGUCAGAUGGAUGGCUCCUGAAAGCCUCAUUGAUGGUGUCUUUACAAAUCGCUCUGAUGUCUGGGCUUUUGGAGUCUUAGUGUGGGAAACAUUAACUUUGGGUCAACAGCCAUAUCCAGGUUUCUCCAAUACUGAAGUUUUACACCAUGUACGAUCAGGAGGAAGACUGGAAUCUCCAAACAAUUGCCCUGAUGACCUAUUUGAUUUAAUGACAAGAUGCUGGGCCCAAGAACCUCACAACAGACCUACUUUCUCUUACAUUCAGGACAAACUGCAAGAGAUAAGACACUCUCCACUGUCCUUCAUCCACUACCUUGAAGACAAAGAGGCAGCAACUGGAGUCAUCAACCAAGCUUUUGAAGAUAGUGAUGUUCCAUGUGCAGAUUCGGACAGUAUUCUUUCAGCCAUGCUAAUGGAAACAAGGAAUCAAGAGGGCUUAAAUUAUUUGGUAUUAGUCAAAGGUGGCAACCAAGAUCAAGGAAGGAUCAAUUCUGCUGAACUUAGUUAA